AGUGUAACCUCUGAUUGGCUGUGGGGACUGCGGGUCCUGAGACUGAGCGCGAGACACUGAGCUGUGCAUUCGACAGUAUGCGUUGAAGAUGCGCGCCGUGCGUUUACCUCAGUGAGCCACAUUUAAGAACUAUAUCAAGAACUAUUUCGUUUCAUCCAGAGGCUGGAUAUUUCAAACCGGACGCUUUUAUUAGGGCGAGAAGAGCACAGCUUGCAGCAAAUGCUUGAUUUUUCUUCACUGAUCUUCUCUCAGUGCUUUAUACGGAUUUAGUUUCUUUCUUUCUGGACUAAGGCCAGCUGAAAUACCUUCAUAUAAGAAACGUAUGCUUGUUGAGAGAAAUCUUCAGUGGACAAGGCACCCACUUCUUGCUCGACUGGGGAUAUCAGUGAAUUGUGGACUAGACUGAUAUUUAAAUAUUGGUUUGCCAUAUUGUUCCAGUUUCAAAGACUGGACUGAUUCUGAAAUCGGAAUCUGUCGUUUCAGUUGGAUAUGUGCAUGGACAUAAAUGCGGAUCAAGGAGGAGACAUCCUAACUUCACAUCAUUAUAUGGAUUGAUUGAGUAUGAACAAUGUUUUAAACUCAAUUUCAGGCAAGUAGCUAUUCGUCACGAAUCAUGAUACCGAGAGCAAAUAUUUUUGAAUUGGAUCCUUCCUUUCAUUCAUUCACAAGUUGAGGACCUUCCAGCGGACAUUUAGCCUACAUUUUUACUGAUUUUUUUUUUCUAUUUCUUUUUUUCUCACUGGCUCAAAAUGGUCGGUUUACAUCUCGGUUACCCUGAAUUACGCAAAUGUUCAUGUUGAAGCCAUGUUUUUCUCGCACAAUGUUUUCACAUUCUCUAUAUGAAGAAUCAUUCACCAGGUUUCUUCGGAAGAAAAAAAAUCCCCCAAAGAAUAAUGCAAUGGGUGGCCUGAUAAGAUUUCGAUAAAGUAAAUGGAAGUUAUCAACUGCGUAAUCAGCAGGGUAAUUCAGAUGAAUUUCAUCGCAGACAUAAACAUUUUCGUUCACUUUAAAGGAUGCCUACCAGACUGUGAUUUUAUUCCUUUGACUUAUUGGGAGUUUUUUGUACAUCCGACCGAACGUGCAUAAGUUUAAAUGUUAAUAAAAAAUCAUGCAAAUGAGCGUGUGAAGGCAGACAUCAACAGGUAUAAUGCAUUCCAAGGACAUGGAUUUCGUACAAAUGUUUCUCUGCUUUCUCUUGUGCUGGACUGGAGUAGAUGCCGUUUACAAUUUGAAAUACACCGUGGAAGAAGAGCUGCGUGCAGGCACAAAGAUAGCCAAUGUGACAGCGGACGCUAAAAAUGCGGGUUUUGCACUGGGAAACCGACAGCCUUAUUUGCGGGUCAUCUCCAAUUCCGAGCCGCGAUGGGUCAAUCUGAGCCCCGCCGGACUGCUCAUCACAAAGCAAAAAAUUGAUCGGGACGCUGUUUGCCGACAGACACCGAAGUGUUUUAUUUCGUUGGAGGUGAUGUCAAACUCGAUGGAGAUCUGCGUGAUUAAAAUUGAGAUUAUCGACGUGAACGACAACGCGCCCCGCUUCCCCACCAGCCACAUUGACAUAGAAAUCUCGGAAAACGCCGCUCCCGGUACCAGAUUUCCCCUAGAGGGGGCAAGCGAUCCGGACUCCGGGAGCAACGGCAUUCAGACGUACACAAUAACCCCUAAUGAUAUUUUCGGUCUUGAGAUUAAGACGAGGGGGGACGGGUCCAAAAUCGCAGAACUUGUGGUGGAAAAGACUUUAGACAGAGAGACGCAGUCUCGGUACACGUUUGAACUCACCGCGGAGGAUGGCGGAGACCCCCCAAAGUCUGGAACCGUGCAACUUAACAUCAAAGUCAUUGACUCGAACGAUAACAACCCCAUUUUCGAUGAGCCAGUGUACACUGUUAACGUGCUGGAGAAUUCUCCCAUUAACACCUUAGUCAUAGAUUUAAACGCCACAGACCCAGACGAAGGAACCAAUGGCGAGGUGGUCUACUCGUUCAUAAACUUCGUGUCCAACCUGACCAAACAGAUAUUUAAAAUCGACCCCAGAACAGGCGUGAUAACAGUGAAUGGCGUUUUGGACCACGAGGAAUUGCCCGUCCACGAAAUUGACGUACAAGCCAAAGAUCUGGGUCCAAAUUCAAUCCCUGCCCAUUGCAAAGUGAUUGUUAAUGUAAUCGACAUCAACGACAACGCGCCAGAAAUCAAACUGUUGUCAGAAAACAGCGAGAUGGUAGAGGUGAGCGAGAACGCUCCUCUCGGAUAUGUAAUAGCUCUGGUGAGAGUCUCAGACAAUGAUUCCGGAGCGAAUGGAAAAGUGCAGUGCAGACUGCAGGGCAAUGUGCCUUUUAGACUCAACGAGUUUGAGAGCUUCUCCACCUUACUUGUUGAUGGCCGUCUGGAUAGGGAGCAGAGAGACACGUACAAUUUAACCAUUCUAGCCGAGGACAGCGGGUACCCCCCGCUUAGAAGUUCGAAAUCUUUCGCAGUUAAAGUAACGGAUGAAAACGACAACCCCCCGUAUUUCACCAAGCCACACUAUCAAGCCAUGGUCCUCGAAAAUAACGUCCCAGGUGCGUUUCUGCUGGCGGUGUCCGCCAGGGACCCAGACCUGGGCAUGAACGGCACCGUGUCCUACGAGAUCAUCAAAUCGGAGGUGCGGGGCAUGUCUGUGGAAUCUUACGUGACCGUGAACUCAAACGGCGAAAUAUACGGCGUUAGGGCUUUUAAUCACGAAGAUACGCGGACCUUUGAGUUCAAAGUCUCCGCGAAGGAUGGGGGAGAUCCACCUUUGACCAGCAACGCCACCGUGCGCAUUGUUGUACUGGAUGUAAAUGACAACACACCUGUGAUGACCACCCCGCCCCUGGUGAACGGCACCGCGGAGGUGUCCAUUCCUAAAAACGCUGGAGUUGGUUAUUUGGUUACACAAAUAAAAGCCGAUGAUUACGAUGAGGGGGAAAACGGAAGGUUAACGUAUUCAAUUUCAGAAGGCGACAUGGCAUACUUUGAAAUAGACCAGAUAAACGGCGAGGUGCGAACCACAAAGACGUUUGGAGAGAAUGCGAAACCAUCCUAUCAAAUAACCGUGGUGGCGCACGACCACGGCCAAACCUCUCUGUCUGCCUCUGCCUAUAUUGUCAUUUAUCUCUCUCCUGAUCUCAAUGCACAGGAGCAAAUCGGACCCGUCAACCUGUCUCUCAUUUUCAUCAUUGCCCUGGGCUCUAUUGCAGUCAUCCUGUUUGUCACAAUGAUCUUUGUGGCAGUCAAGUGCAAAAGGGAUAACAAGGAAAUCCGAACAUACAACUGCAGGGUGGCGGAGUACUCCUACGGCAACCAGAAGAAGUCCAGCAAGAAGAAGAAGCUGAGCAAGAACGACAUCCGGCUGGUGCCACGGGACGUGGAGGAGACGGACAAGAUGAAUGUGGUGAGUUGCUCGUCUCUCACCUCUUCGCUCAACUACUUCGACUACCACCAGCAGACUCUGCCGCUGGGCUGCAGGCGCUCCGAGAGCACCUUCCUCAACGUGGAGAACCAGAACUCCAGGAAUGCCGCACCCAACCAUGGCUACCACCAUACCUUCACAGGGCAGGGCCCUCAGCAGCCUGACCUCAUCAUCAACGGCAUGCCGCUGCCUGAGACGGAGAAUUAUUCCAUUGACUCCAGUUAUGUAAACAGCAGAGCACACCUAAUUAAAAGCACCUCAACAUUCAAGGACAUGGAAGGAAACAGUCUGAAGGACAGUGGCCAUGAGGAGAGCGACCAAACCGACAGCGAACAUGAUGUACAGAGAGGGCACUACGCCGACACAGCUGUCAAUGACGUACUGAAUAUGACCGUUCCCCCCAACAACUCGCAGCUACCUGACCAAGAUCAGUCAGAGGGUUUCCACUGCCAAGAUGAAUGUCGCAUCCUGGGCCACUCGGACCGCUGCUGGAUGCCCCGGGUGCCGAUGCCAGCGAGAGCAAAGUCCCCCGAACACGGCCGCAAUGUCAUCGCUCUGUCCAUCGAGGCCACCACUGUUGACGUACCUCACUAUGAAGACUGUGGCACCAUCAAAAGGACUUUUGCCACCUUUGGCAAAGAUGGGUCGGAUGAGGAGCGGGCCGAACAGAGGGGCAGGCGGCAAACGGCGGAGCCAGCCGUCUGCAGCCCCAAGACCAAUGGCACCGUGCGCGAGGCUGGAAAUGGCCGGGAGGCCGUCAGCCCCAUAACCUCCCCAGUGCACCUGAAGAGCCCUCAGUCCAAACCACCCUCCACCUACAACACGCUUAAAUGCCGGGACGCAGAGCGCAUAGCCAACCACAGUCUGCUGCGACAGCCGGAGGGGAAAGACAGUGAGCCGGCCAUACGGGAGAUCAACACGCUCCUACAGGAUGGCCGUGAGAAGGAAUCCCCCGGCAGCAAGCGGCUGAAGGACAUCGUGCUUUAACCGGCUCCCACGUGUACACAGAGAGCAUACACUACUACGAGUGUGUGUCGACAUGUGCGUGUGUGUGUAUUUGUGUGCUUUUGCAAGCGUCGAGCCGACGGGCCUAGGGAUGGGAGACACAUGUGCAGCACAACGUAUUCUCCAGAGAUCGAACAAAUGAAGCUGAAAAUGUGUCUGCGAGCUCAGACUGUCAUCGUGGCUUGGUAGUAACAGCAACGCUUGUACAUUCUUUGCAAUUGUCUAUCAGCAGUGGACAGGCUGGUUACUGUGUGCUGCACAACACGCUUCACCCUGCCCUCACGUCUUACCCUUAGAGGAGAAAGACCUUCCAGUGCACCGCUGGUGACACCCAAGUACAGUCAUGCCUUGUAGACUCUAAAGAGACUUCUAACUUUCUUCUAAUGCCUUCUUUGGUAUGCAGUUUUUGCUUCAGCUGCCAAACCGCUCACUGUUCCCGAAGAGGACUCGGGACUCUCUGACGCUUCGGAUGGUGUGACUCUUCCUGUCUAACACGAGCAGUCUGACCGAUCGCUGGAGGAUGCACAGGAAAACUCCUGCAGAUCUCAUUUCAUUUCAGUGACUUCUCAGUGGUCUGAUAAGACAACCCUUCUCUGUUUCCCUCAAGACAUUCCAAUGUCAGCAAACCAUGAGGACGUUACAGUGCUUAUUUUUUAUCACAGAUGGAGCUAAAUGAAGUUGCGCUAUCAGCUCAAGCUCACCGAAAAAACUGGAACAGGGAGAGACCGAUCCCCCAGACUUACAGCCAGAUAUAUAUAUGGAUAAAAAGAAGAAAAAAAACAUCAGACUUGUUGCUUUUGAAGUCUCCUGUGCCCUUUCCUGAUUGUAGCCAGUGGAGCGCAGUUUACUAGAACUUUGUGCUCUGGUCUUGUACUUUUUUUGGAUUUUGACUAUGGGGCUAGGAUAGAAGGGGUCGUCACUUACGUCUUGCUAUGUGAAACUCUGUUUAGGGUUUACUACUAUCAUUUUUAAUAAUCUGUUGUUAUGUGACAAUCCCUUUAAUGUUUUGUUGCGAAAGUAAAAACUGAAAAAAAUAAACAUUGGUGUUCAACUAAAGCUACAGUAGCGUUUGUACACAAACACAAAAAGGAAAAAAAAACAUAUAUGCCAAAAUAUAUUUUAUAAAUAAUUUAAAAUGUAUAAUGAGAAUAUUUAAUGCUGUGUAGUUCUUUUAUCAGUAAGUUAUACUUGAAAUUAACUGGCUUUUUUUUCUUUAUUUGUCCCCUUUUUAUUGACUCUGUUAUUCUUAUUUUAUUUUAUUUUUUCUUAAUUGAUCUUGAAUUUUUGUUCACUGUGUUACCCCUGGCCACUGUUGAUUGCAGUCUACCUUGUUGUAAAAGAGUUUCUUAUUGGUCAGUUCUUGUGCCAUCAAGUUUCUGUGUGGGCAAAAAAGAGAAAAAGACAAAAAAAAGACAAAAAAAUAAAUAAAAAAAAUAAAAAUCAACACCAACAGUAGUGUGUCAGUACAAUGAGCUUAGAGUGAGAUAGCAAAAGAAACCAAAAAAACUGCGGCAAACAUUAAACUUUCAAGAUAACAGGUUGUUGUUAAAUCGUAAUACUCAAGUAAGGGUAAGAAUAACACUACCAUUCCAAAUCCCUCAAGGCAGUUCCACUCAUUUCUGAAGCAUUUGAGAGGCGCUAAAUGGAUAUAAGUUACAUGUAAAGCAAACCCAGUUGCUCCGAGACGGACUAGUUUUGCUAUCUUUCAUCAAGCACAGCCCUCAUUUUUCCAGAUCAUUUAAGAACAUUGUACCAAGCCCUACCUUACAAGUUUGUUUUUUUUUUCUGUAAGAGGAAAAAAAAUAAUUGGUGGAAUUGCCAUAGCGGGGAAUGGAGAUAAAUUUCAAAAUCAGUUUCUUUACCGUAAUUGUUUUAUACUGUGGGAAGUACAAACAGCAGCAGCGUGUGAAAAAGAUAUAGAUCUAGUAGCUGAAUGUUUUUGCUGGUCUCACCAAACAGCUUUUGGCAACAUGAAAAACGGAAUUAUCACUGAAUGUAUACUGCAGCUUAUUAUUAAACUAUUAAAUGUUCUCCA